AUGCCACGCCAACUCAGCGUGCGGCGUUUCUAUUUGAGCGGCAAAAAUAAAAUUAGCAUUUCCAAUCCGUGCCACAGUCGAACUCUCCAGUGUCUCUGGCGACUGCUGCUGCUCGUUCUGCUCUGCUAUCUCAUCGUGUUAUGGCAGAGUGGUCAGCAGGAUGGUGCGCCCGCCUUGGUCGCGGAUGUGGCGCUGAGGCAACGGGUGCAGAUCUUCUGCAUAAUUGUCACCUACGGCCACAGGCAUGAGGGGGUCGGCGUGCAUGUGAAACGCACCUGGACCAAGCACUGCAAUCAGUAUCUGUUCGUUAGCGAUGAUUCGCAUGAGGAGCUGGAGCCGGCAGUGUUUAUGCAUCGGCCGGACAAAUGGCAACGCAUGCGUGCCCAUAUGGAGUAUGUCUAUAAGUACCAUUACUUCGACGAGAACCAUUGGUUCCUCUACGCCAAUGAUGACAACUUUGUGGUUGUGGAAAAUUUGCGCUUUAUGCUGCAACAUCAUAACAGCAAUGAACCCAUCUACUUUGGCUGCAAGUUGCGAACGCCACAGAAUGAGACUUACAUGUACGGUGCCUCGGCAAUGGUGCUUAGCAGUGAGGCGUUGGUUCGCUUUGUGCUCCAAGCCCUUCCCAAUGCCAGCUUGUGCAGUCAGGAGGAUCAUGGGGACGCCGCUGACGAGCAGUUCGGCAUCUGUAUGUCGAAUGUGAAAGUCCUGGCUGGCGAUAGCCGCGAUGUUUGGUCAAACCACACAUUUCUGCCCUUUGAGGCUGAGGUGCAUGUGGGAUCAAGGAUGAAUGCUUCACUGGAAAAGCACAAAUAUUUUCUAGAUCGCUCCUACUACGAAGUGCAUAAUCUUCGCCUGCCAGUUUCGAAAUAUUCUAUCUCUUACCAUGUGGAAUAUAUGCCUGAUAUAUAUGAUUUGUAUUACUUCACGCAUUUAGUAAACAUAUUUGGACAAAUACAGCACAAAGAUAUACAAAAUGCCUUCGGCAGUGCUGAUGUUAAGCCUUAAAGCUCACUAUUUUAAAUAAUGUGUUAAAGACCAUUGGUGGCUCCAAUUUCUUCUCUUGACAAAUAAAAAAAUCAAUUAACUUUA